AUGUCCAUUUGGAAAAAGCAUUCCAACAGCAAAUUAAAUGCUAAAGUUUGCUACAUAAGAGGUCGUUUAGGAGAAUCAGGUAUUAGUGAAUUCGAGACCUUGCACAGAUACGACAAUUUUUUUCAGAACUUAACUGACUUAAAAGCCGAGAUAAACCUAGAAAUAGCUAAAGGAAGAAAAAAAAAUAACGAAGAUAAGAGAUAUUUUUGCCUAUAUUGCGGAAUAGGACUGACCGAAGAUGAAUUUGUUGUUAAAACAUGUAGCAAAGAGGAAU